GUAGCCUAGAACUAUUCAGAUUCUCGAUUUGAGAAUUACAUUUUUGUUCUGUUUGAAGAAGCAGUCGUUUCUAGAGCAUCGGUUUGGGCAGCAGGGGGAGCCGCUUAGUCACUUCAGGAUCGUGGGAUUUCGUCACAACAAACCUACUCUUCCUGGACCUACUUUGCCGCACUUUUAAACACCACCCCCGAACUGUAAUCGUCGUCAGUAGAAGAAAAACAGCUAUCAAGUUCAUAGUAUGCUGUCUAAUCUUCUUCUAAGACGUUCGUGUCAGUCACUAUUUGGAAAGACAGCAUGCGGAACUCCAAGGGUGCACAUUCAGUCGUGCAAUAUCAGCACCUCAUCUGUCAAAUUCAACGACGACUCACCUGACGCAGAUGUGGUGACAUAUGAGCAGCUGGCGUCCAUGGUGGCUGGUGGGAAUGUAAAGCUGGUGGAUGUCCGGAAUCCCGAAGAGUUCCAGGCUGGAAGAAUUCCCGGCUCUAUCAACAUUCCAUUGCGUGACCUGGAGCAGUCUCUUCAGCUGUCUCCUCAGCACUUCGAGCUGCUGUUUGAGGCCUUGCCUCCCCGUAAGGGUGAUGACAACAUCGUCUUCCACUGCCAAGCCGGACGCAGGAGUACCAGCGCUCUGGGCAUCGCCAAAAAACUUGGAUACACCAGGGCUCGUCAUUUUGCUGGAGGAUACAGUGAAUGGAGCAAACGAGGGGAAUAAGAGGAGGAUGAAGAAAGAGGAGUAAAGAAGAAGAACAAGAGGGAGAUACAGUGAUUGGAGCAAAUGAGAAAAUAAGAGGAGGAUACUCUGAAUUAGGGCUGCACGAUAUCAGAAAAAAAUGUGAUACUCGAUAACAGUAUGCAAUAUCUCGACGAUAUCUUAACAAUAUUUAGAAAUACAGCCGAGUGUUUUUCUUGUCACUGAUUUGUCGGUCUGUGUGGGGGGUGUGGCUUUGAUCAUGACAGGCUUCUUGUGCAUUUGUUGACAAUCAGCUAGUGAUUGGAUCGCACAGAAAUGCUUUACUUGUUAGCGAUAAUGAAGUCAUUUUCGCGAUACACAUAUCGCCACUUUUGAUACUGUGAUUUCGAUACAUUUUCUAUAUAUUGUGCAGCCCUACUGUGAAUGGGAUAAACGGGAGGAGUGAUGGGAGGAUGAAGAGAGUGGAGCGAAGGAGAGAAAGUGUAAAUAAAAGGAAGAUACAGAGAGUGUGUGAAACCAGGGGAGUAAAAAGAGGAUAGAGAGAGUUGAGCAAAGGAGAAGGCUAAAAGACAAUUACAGUGCUACCCGAGAGGAAUAAGAGGAGGAUGAAGAGAGUGGAGAAAUGAAAGGCUUUGAGAAGAUGAUAGAGUGAAUAUAGCAAACGAUAGGAGUAAAAAAACAGGACAGAAUGAAGAGAGGAGGAGAAUGAAGGGAAGGAAGAGAUGAGAGAGUAGCAAACGAGAGAAGUUAAAGGUCAAGACGGUGCCACUCAUUUUAGACGCCCAUUACGGAGGACAAAUAGAGGAUCCUGUACUUUGCCGCAAAUGUCAAACGGAAUAGAAGGUCAUUAUCUAGUGCUGUGAUGAAAUGACUGACCACACCAGAAGACUGUGCUUCCUCUUUGACUACACCACCACAUUCAUCAAUAACUGGAGAAAUGUUACUAGAUGCAGUAUUGAAAACUUAGUCUGCCGUGUCAGGUAGUAUUACUAAAUCUUAUUAAUAGUCCUCUUGGGUUGGUUGGAUUACGACGCUGUCAAUGUAAUUUUGUUACGUUUGCCUUGGGGGGCUAUUGCAACUUGUAGCCUAGGGGCCCCGGUCUAUCUUAAUCCGGCCCUGACCACACUUCACUCCCCUAUGCUCCACGCUGCUCUGUAAUGCUGUUGCUUAAAAUGAAUAUCUCAGUAUCUCUGUAUCAGUUACACAUUGGAUUUUUCCUUCUUAAUUAAUUAACUGAAAUGAAUAUGUCAAUAUCUAUUCACUGGUUACACACUGGAUAUCUGUUUUUUUUUUCUCAUGUCGCUCCUUCUUUACUAAUUGGCUGUGACACUGAUGAGUAUCGAGAUAUCGUGCUCCAAACUUGAUGGGUUGUUGAUUAAAAAAAAGAUGAACUUAA